GCCAGCUGCCCCCAGAGGCCCCUCUCCCCGGAUCACCCCCCGGCUCCACCAUGCGCCCCCAGCUCCUGCCCCUGGCCCUCGCCCUCCUGGCAGCGCUGCCCCCAGGGGCACAGGCAGGCCCGGAGGUGACGGCAGAAGCCGGCUCGCGUGUGAGGCUCCCCUGCACCCUGACGGGGCCUGAGCUGAGCUGGCGGUGGGUCCCGCGGUACCCGCGCUGCGCUGGUGGUAGCGGUGGGAUACAGACGAUUUACACAGUGACGGCGGCCCAGGAACACGACGCUCCGGAGGGGAAAUUUCAGAAGCGGCUGCGGCUCCUAAUGGAUCAGGGCACCCGAACCUCCGUCCUCGAACUCCGACCCCUCCACAUGAACGACUCGGGGGCCUUCUUCUGUGCCAGCCCCAGGCAGGAGGCCCCACCCAUCUCUGUGACCAUCACCCCCGGCUGCCCGGCCGGGGCGUCCAUCGAAAUGAUCCCCCAGGAGCCGGUCAGGGAGGGAGCGUCUGUGUCGCUCUCCUGUUCCCCCUGUGGGGCGCAGGGACCCACUUCACCCCCAGCAGGGGGCGCCACGUGGCGGCUCAAUGGGAAGCCGCCGCCAGACCCCACAGCCCUUCGGAUCCUGAGGUCUAACACGGUGACGAUAGAGGGUUUCUCCAGCCGCUGGGAGGGUCUGUGGAGCUGCCACCUGCCUGGGGAUCCCCCCCGGUCUGGGGGCUACUGCCUGGAGCGCCACCCGGGGGCGCACGGGACCCAGGAGAGCCCCCCACCCGGCCCCACCCCCGUAAGUCCAGGCUCGGCGCCCGGCAGCGGCGGGGGGGUGACGGUGCUGGCCCUGCGCUGGGGCCUCGCCCUCCUCUUCCUCAGCGCCAGCCUCGGGGCCGUCGGCUACGUGCACUGGAGAACCCGGGUCCGGCCGGCCAGCAGGCCCCAGCGGGACUGAGGCCUCCGCUCCCGGGCGCUGCGUCCACACUGCACUGACCCCCAUCCCCUUCCACUCGCCUGCGACGCCGGAAACUCCCCUCUGGGCCCCCAUCCGGUCUGGUCACCGACCAUGUAUUUACGACACAUAAUGUAGGGCCUACAUUAUUAUUCCCCCCGGCAGGAGUACGGAAUGGCCGGUUCCCGCGCUCAGGGUCCCCCUGGGAACGGCCCUGCCCCUGCUGUUGCCUGGGAAGAGGAAUGUUGGAGACACAACCUGCAGCCACUUUGUGUACAGCUUGGCUUGUUUACAAACAUAACGUAGGCCCUAUAGGAAGGUUCUGCCAGGGCAGGAUCUCAGGGAAUCCCUCCCCUUUGGAGAUGCCUUAACGUGCUUUGCACGACCUCCUCCUGUGGUUUACAGUUGGUUUGUUUGUGAUAC